AUGUCGUCCCCGCUCCGUGGCACUCCUGUCUACCAGCUAGCUGUCAAACAACCCUUCGAUUCCCUCGACCAUGAGAGCAAGAUAUACGCACAUUAUCUUGCAAGAGCCGUGUGGCACGGAAGUAGGAUUUCCCUGCGGGAGACGUCGCGGGAAAGCCCUUUGAUCUUCGACCUUAUCCUCGAUCUGUACCAUGCAUGUGAGGGCAAAUGGGACACUAUUGUGACACGAUGUGGCGUCACACGUGACGAACUUGAAGUGUUUUUGGAGUACGCCGGGACAUUCUUAUCUCAUCUGGGAAACGUCUCUGCUGAUGGGCGUGAGAAGCUUGUCCCCGAAUUAUCUACCGAAGCGUUGAAGAGGAUUGCGAGCAUUUCCCCCAAGACAACUGCUGAUUUGGAGAAAGCAAUCGACGGAUUGUUAGGUGUUCGUCCUCCACGCCCAAAGUAUCCGGGAGAAAGCGUGCGGCUGGGGUUUUACCCGAGAGAAGCACUGUCCGAUGUUAGCGACAAUGACCUUUUCAGAAUCUGGCACACUAUUCGUGAGGCUCAGAACAUUGUUGACGGAAUUCCCGCCAGCGAGUGGUCCAUUACCCACAGCAACACCCAACUCCAACCGGUGAUUGACGACAAUGGUAAGACCAUUUACCAUAUCCUCCUGGCCUCUGAGCUUGGAGCUUGCGAUGAACCGCGGAUAUUAGCCGAAGAUAUACGGCUUAUAAGGGGCGUCCAUUCAGAAGAAUUGUCCCAUAUAUGCAACGCGCUAGACCGCGCGAAGAAAUGGGCCCCUAAAGAGCAACACGCGACUUUGGAUCACUACCUCAAUUACUUUCGCACCGGACACAACCUUUCAUUACAGGCGGCGCAGAAGGCCCCAACAGGCGAGAGAGUCGAGAGUUUCCUCGGCUUUGUCAACCCACUUCAUAAUUGCGCCGGUGAGUGGAAUGGCAUGGUGGGGAUUUUUAACCAAGAUGAGCAGUCGAAAUUGAACCAGAUUGUGAAUUCUUCGUCUGCGCUGAUCCGACAGCUGCCAUGGGCAGUCCCAGGUGUGAAUGGUGGCAAAGGGCCGUUCGAGACAUUCUCAUUUGACGCACCUAGGCUCGCCAGACUCCAUACCCUCGCUAUGUGCGGGAGGAUUGUAUUCCAAGACGCCAAACCUGAAAGCUUCCAUGAGGACCGCUGGAUCUGCCAUUUCAGGAAUACUGUUUUUGCGAAUCGUCUGAACGAGGAUACCAGCUCAACCAUCUUCUGCGAUUGGAUUUCUCCUUUGAACACAGAGCAUUUUAGGCGCAGCAUACACCUCGUCAGCUUCAUCAUAACCGCAGUCCACCAGUUAAUCGGCCAUGGAACAGGGAAGCUCCUCGGUCGGAGAAUAGAAGACGGCUGCAGGUGCAACUUCAAUGAGGAAAUGCCCCCGAUUAGUCCAUUAACAGGAAAGCCAAUCGCCUCGGUCUAUCCCUUGGGGAAGUCAUGGGAAGAUAUUUUCCCAAGCGACGCCAAAUCAGUUGAGGAGUGCCGGGCAACGUUGGUUUCGCAGUACCUGAUGGAUAGCAAGGAGAUCCUGGCGAUUUUUGGCUAUUCUGAGACAAGUGAGAUUACAUCUGAGGACCUUCUCUAUACCAGCUACCUCAAGAUCUGUGUUGACGGCAUCCAAGCCCUGCAAUAUUACGGCAUCGAGGGCCGGCCCUGGCCCGUGUGGGAAACCGACCAUCCUGUAGCCAAAGCAAAUUUUACCAUAUUAAAAUACCUCCUUCAAAACGGCUCCGGGGUCAUCAAAAUCACCCACGAUCGCGAGGCCUCAACCAUAACGGCCAGCGUCGAUCGCACAAAGAUGCUGUCUCACGGAAAAGCAGCUCUAGGAGACUACCUACUCCGUCUUCACAUCUGGCGGUGUACUGGAGAUACAACCCCCUGUAGAGAGCUCUACGAAUCCCUCUCUACCGUCGAUGGCAUAUACGGGGAGUGGCGAGAGAUUGUAUCCUCGAAACGGGCAGCAAGAUGGAAAUUCGUGCAGCCGAAUACGUUCCUCACGGUGGAUAAUGAGGUGGAGCUCCGGGUGUAUGAGGAGAGCAAUGAGGGCAUCAUCAGGUCGUGGGCAGAGAGGGAUGUCCAGGCCAAGGAGGAGAAAAUUCAAAGGUUGGCCGAGCAAGAUACUAGAGAUAAGGAAGAGGUAAUGGUUGAGAGGGAUGUCAAACCGAAGAUGGAGAACCUCAGCUUGGAGCCUGGAAGGGGUAUGCACCCCGAGGAGGAUAACAUUGGAGACGACAACAUUGGAGACGCUCAGCCUAGGGCGGGGGUGAGGGCAUCUGUGAAAUCCUUUGUGCAAAAAAUAGUGCACCGGAACUAA